CAUCCAUUAUCUGUCGUUCAAGAAAUCCAAAAUGGCGCUGCCCACGAGAGCUUAUGGAUUGUCAUCAAAACUUGAAUCAUGGCUUCCUCUGCUCACCCAGGUGAGGUAUAGUCGCUACAAACCAGCCUAUGUUCCUCCUGUUGUCGACAGACAGUCAUACGAGGAUGGUUCCCUUCCACUGGACAUCAGCACACCGGUCAAGGCGGCCGUAGGAGACAUCACUUCAGCCUUCACCUAUGAUCCAUUGGUCCAUAAAUUUGUGAAUGUGAUGAACAAGAAGGGACAAAAGGAGACAGUUUCUAAGAUCAUGGAGAAGACCUUUGAAAUCAUCAAGUCGAAGCAGGUUGAGAAGUACAACAAGGCAUCUGAGAUGGAUAAGUCCAGUCUGGAGACCAAUCCUAGAGUCAUCUUCACUAAGGCCAUAGAGAACUGCAAGCCAUCCCUAGGUCUCGUUACUAUCAAGCGAGGGGGCAAGAACUAUCAGGUUCCAUCACCUCUGAAGGAUAAUAGAAGACGGUUUCUCGCCAUGAAAUGGAUAAUACAGGAAUGUGAGAAGAAACCACUCAAGAUGCACAUGCCAGAGAAACUAGCUCAAGAAUUACUGGAUGCAUUUCAUAAUCAGGGCAAUGUAGUGAAGAGGAAACAUGAUCUACACAGGCAGUGUGAAGCAAACAGAGCGUAUGCACACUUUAGAUGGUGGUGAUGCACACUUCAUUUGUUGGUGAUGCACACUUCAUAUGUGGUGAUGCACAAUUCAUAUGGUGGUGAGGCACACUUAAGAUGUGGUGAUGCACACUACAGAAGGUAGUGAAACACAUCACACGCUAUGAAGAAACAAACUCUUUGAACUUGAACUUCGAUAUAAGGAAUGGACCUCAAGACAUUUUGCAAUAAACCAUGGUAUUUUGCAAGUUGAUAUCAAAAUAGAAAAGCGAUGAUGGGAUGUGGUAGUGUCGAAGAGACUGGAAUCAAUUUUUGAGGAUCAAUGGUAGAGUCGAUAACGAAAUCACUUUUUCAACGUUGGAAGUAUGCUACUAGACUGGAGGUAUCUGCUUGCUUAUUGAACAUUUCAUCGGAAACCCUCUGUAGUAGUCGAUUAUUGUGGAGAUGCCAAGGAGCUGUAAUGCUUAAACUUUGGGUGAAUUUACCAGAAUAGCCCUCUAACUAAUCGUUGAUAACACAGGGCUCCCAGCCCAUCAGGGAAAAUUAUUUUACUUUUUUCCAGUCACGAAAAAAAAUCAGGGAAUUUCAUAAAAGAAUACUUCAAAUCAGGGGAAAAUGCCUUAAAUGAGGGAAAAAUUAGGGAAUUUUGAUCGGCCCAAAAGUGGAAAGCACGGUAGUCAGUCAGACUCGGUUAUAUUUUUUUACAUAUCCAAACAACAUCCAUUGAAUGACUGGUUAUGGUGGUACUAAUUUGUUUUACAUUAUUUUUUGUAUAUUGAAAAUACAUAGAAUUUACUUCAACAACUUAGAAAACAUGUAAAACUGGGAAUGGGUUUAAGGGAAUUUUAAAAAUUCAUCAGGGAAAAAUAAGGGAAUUUUCUUGAAAAGCUGGGAGCCUUAUAACAGUAUUAAUAUUUACAUUAUACUGUAUUUAUUUAUUCCUUCAAGGGCCAUGAAACUGAGAGGAGGUGGGGGUGGGGCUUCAACCCACCCCUCCCUCACUUUUUUCAAUAAACAUAAGACAUAAGAAAUAAAAUUACCAUCUGAUUGGGUUUUGGAAUGUACAUUUGGGAAGUUUAAAUUAGUUUCCUGUUAUUGACUUUGCUUCAAAACCCCAAACUAUGACAAAUGAUGAAAUGGAUGAAUUAUCCUUGUCUGAUAGAGAAAACGUUUAAUCCUACAAUGCAUCUAUAAUAGAAAGAUAAUGAAAUUUGAACUAUAAUAUACAUGAUUAUAUUGAAGAUUUCGUAUUUCCCUGAAAGCAAUGAAUUUUGAUUUUUUUUUUCAUAAAACAGUUCAUACAUAAUUGUGAAAUUGUGAAAAGAUGUAGAUUUUACAUUUUAAAAGUAAAUCAUGGUCUCAUAUCAUUUAAGGAAAAAAGUUUUAACCCAUUGUACAGUAUUAUGUAAUCUUGUAACACUAAAGUAUCACUUGAUUCCUGUACGUAAAUGGAUUAGAA